UUUACAAAAUUCCGUUUUCCUUUUUUACACCUUUGUUUCUUUACCUCUCACUAUCAUGUCAGUAAUAAAAAUACCCAUUCUAGAUCGCUUGACAUUCAGAGAUUACCAAAGUUUGAUCUUCACUAUUCUCUUCUUUCUGUUUGAGAGCAUCAUAAGAAUUAUUGUCAUGAUUAUGCCAAAGUUUCUAAUUCAAAUAAUUAAUGCUGCCAUUGGCUCUGUAUUCCCUUGGUUAUCUCGGGCUGAAAAUGAGCCACAUGUAAGCCCACUGGAAAAAGCAGAAGGUUUCGAGCGAAUGGUCAGACACUGGAAAAACUAUAAUUGCGAACAGCAUAUUGUACGUACACAAGACGAUUACCUUUUAUGCGUACACCGUAUUCCAUCUGUGAAACCUCAACAUUAUGACAACGUAAAGCGGAAUAAAGAAUUUCAGUUUAAAGAAGGCAUCGAAGUAGUGGAUAACCUGCACAAGUUCAUGCAAGAAAAGAGACCGAGAGAGAAGGGUGAAUAUAAGGGGAAACCCGUGGUCUUACUAUACCAUGGCUUUUUGAUGUCGUCUGAGGUCUGGGUAUCCAAUACUGAGGAAUACAGCAAUUUACCGUUUAUUCUGGCAAAACAGGGUUAUGAUGUUUGGCUUGGUAAUGCGCGUGGUAACAAGUAUUCUCAGUACCAUGUUCAUAUCAGUCCCAAUCAUCAAUCAUUCUGGAAUUUCUCGCUAAACGAAUUUGCAAUGCGUGAUAUGCCUGACACUGUUGAUUAUAUUUUGGCAGAAACAGGUGCUCCCAAUUUAACUUACAUUGGAUUCUCGCAGGGUACUGCUCAGGCAUUUGCAGGUCUGUCAGUCAAUUCAGAUUUAAACAGCAAAGUCAAUCUGUUUAUUGCCAUGGCUCCAGCAACAACUCCUAAGGGUUUACAGCACCCCUUAAUUGAUGCUUUUGUCAAAGCAACACCCAGUGUGAUAUAUCUCAUGUUUGGAAGAAAGACACCUCUCAAAUUAGCCCUGUUCUGGCAACGUAUUAUUAGCCCUCCUCUCUUUGUGAAAGUUAUUGAUGCAAGUGUUAGAUUCCUGUUUGGAUGGACGGGAGCCAACAUGACUAGCGAUCAGAAGGUCGUUAGCUAUCAGCACCUGUACAGUCUGACCAGUGUUAAGUCUCUAGUGCAUUGGUUCCAAAUCAUUCGAACUGGACAGUUCCAAAUGUAUGAUGAAAUGCCUAGCCGACUUCCUUAUCACACAGUUAAUUCUGUUGAAGAUCAUAUACCACCUCGGUUCCCUACACUUCAGAUCACAACCCCCAUUGCUAUAUUUUACGGACGUUCUGAUUCGCUUGUAGAUUUUAAUGUAUUAUCAGCAGACCUGCCUUCGCCUUUAGCCUACGUCAAGUCCAUCGAAAAAUGGGAACAUCUGGACUUUUUAUGGGCAGAGGGUAUCGAGAAAAUUGUAUAUCCUGAUGUUUUAAAGCUGCUGCAAAAAUUCAAUCCUCACUCUAGUUCUCAAGUAAAGGAAGGUCAUAAGAAUGAUGAUAUAGAAGAACACGUUUUAUUAUCAUAAAUAAAAGAAACA